AUGUCUUAGGAAGGUCAACUCGAUGGUUUGUUUAUGACAGCCGUUCAGCAAAGUCAAGGUAUUGAAAACUUCUUCAACAACCUCUUCAGUUUCAUGAGAAGAAAGACUGAUUUCUUUACUUAUGACGAUAAGGCUAAGGACCUCGUCAGUAAGCCAUUGACAGAGCACUUGAACAUUUUCCAAGCUGAUAAAAAGAAAGAGGCUGCACUAAAGCAAAAGUAAGAAUAGGAGAAAAAGAAGAAGGAAUAAGAGGAUGCAGCUAAGAGACGCUAAGGAGAAUCAUCAGCCGAAGUUGAGGAAGUUACUGAAGAGGAGGCUGAAAGAAUUAUGAAGGAGGAAGCUGCCAAGAAGGCCAAGCAGAGCUCUGACAGCAAUGAUACCACUACUGAAGAGAAGAAGGUAGAAGGUGAAGAGGAGAAAGAAAAGAGCGAUAAAUAGACACCUCUUCCUGGUAAUGGAGGGUAUACUGACAAGUAUAGAUGGAAUUAAACUCUUGAAGAACUCUCUGUCUAUAUUGAUCUUCCAGAUGGAACUGAGGCUAAGAUGCUUGAUGUUAAAAUAUAGACAAAGAAGCUAACCAUUCAAAUCAAGGGCAAGGACAAGAUCAUUGAUGGUGAGUUCCACAGAAAGGUGAAGAUCGAUGACUCUUUCUGGUCUGUAGAAAAGGAUGGAGUGAAGAGAACCCUUUAAAUCAACCUUUCCAAGGUCAAUAGAUAAGAGUGGUGGGAUAGCGUUAUCGAGGGUGAUGCCAAGAUAGAUACUUCUAAGGUUGAGCCAGAAAACUCAAAGCUAUCUGACUUGGAUGGAGAGACUAGAGGAGUAGUUGAAAAGAUGAUGUUCGAUCAGAGAUAGAAGGAAAAAGGUCUCCCAACCUCAGAGGAAUUAGAAAAGAGAGACAAACUCUCCGAAUUUAUGAAAAUGCACCCUGAAAUGGACUUCUCUAAGGCUAAAUUCUGUUGA